ACUCAGUAGACAAAGAAGAGGUGGGGGAAAAAAAGCGGAAGUUAAAAGUAGAGUUUCCCUAACAGCGAUGGAUGCAUCGCCUCCUAACUUUGUUCGAUUAUUUUACACUUCAGCUGUUUUAGUAGGCGCUCUUCGCGUUCUGUUCCUGUGCAGUUAGCUUCCAUUCUCUGGUUUGUUUCCGUCCAGCUCCUUCUCCAAGCAGAAAGUCCACAAGCGGGAAAUUUGAAAUGUGUUCGCAGAGACUUGCUAAACUAAACUAUCCCAUCAAAGCUUCAAUACAUUAGCUGCUGCCUGCAUGUUGUCUCCGGCUCCCUCUGACUCAACCGCUUUCAGUCCGGGUCAGUCGUCGUGCAGUUCGGACACCGGGGAGGUUUUAAUCCGUUCCACUCGCAUUGUUCUCCCGGAGCGCAGGCUGGAAGCCAGUGAGAUACCCCAAUCCGUUCAAAUAACAGUCCAGAAGCUGGGGGAGCCUGUGCGCGUCCAGUCCCAUCGGGCCAAGGAAACGCAGAGGCCGCGGAAUCCCGGACACAAACCGGAGGCUGUUGACCCAGCUCGGGUAGCAAAGGAUUCCCAAACCGGACCCCUGGCUCCGUCAUCCUCCUCGGGUCAGGAGCUUCAGACAUCAUGCUUCAAGGCCGGGGGGCGAGGAGUGGUGCUGGGAGCGCUGAGACAACGAUCUGUCCCUCUGCCCAGUUGCCACAGCAACCACCACAAGAGGGAAGUCAGCGUCCAGCUACUGCGGCCAAGGUCGACUCAGAACACAUCAAACGGUUGGAACAGCCCUGAUCAGAGCGCUGACGAUGCAGCGAGCGUGUCGGGUUUUCAGACCGAGGCGUCAUCUGGUCGCCUGGGAGACAUCAGCAAAACUGCAGCAGCUGCUGCAGCCGCAGCUGUGGCUGCAACCGCUCCUCUCAUCAAGGCCCAGUCAGACAUUGAAGCUCGAAUGUCUCAGUUGUCUGAAGGCAUCCAGAAGCUGCUGCACACAGACAGGGAGGAUGACGGCCGGAGACGGAGUCUGAGUCAACACACACUGCAUCGCCUGGAGACGCUGCAGAGCCAGCAGCUGCAGCUGCAGAGCCAGCUGCUGGAGUCAGCCAUCAAGAUAGUCACGGGUCAGGAUUCCAUCGCCUCAGACUCCAAAGCCAAAGUCAAAGACCAGAAGCCAAGCUCGUCAGGAACCGGAGGGCCUGCUAUUGCCCCUGCUGUCAUACCAACGGAUGCAGUUGCCAUGGAAACAUGCCACUGUGACUCCAGGCCAGAGCAAUCCAGGAGCAACCUGCAUCUCCAGCAACGUCCAGCUGAUCCUGUGGCUGAAAGCGUUCAUCUUCAGUCUUUAGCAAAUGACACUCAGGAAGCGGUAAGGAGAGCCAGUGAUAUGCUAAAGCAGAUGGAGUGUCUGAAGACAGAGAUAAAGAUGCUGCUGACUCAGCAAGAAGAUUCCCCAGGCUGCCUCCAGACCCAACAAAGCCAACCUGAGUCCCAACAGAGCAGAUCCAAGCCAAAGGAAGUCCAGGUUGAGUUCCAUGAAAACCAGCUCUACCAGUCAAACUCUGAUCAACACCAGACCCGGCCAAGCAGUCUUCAACCAACUGACCCUCAAAACACUCACCCCCCUUUUCAGGCUUCCCUUGUCCCACACAGACAGUCACAGGAGAACACGGGUCCACAACUGCAGUCCCAACGUAAUCAGCCCCCUUCUCAGAACCUGAUGCCCAUUACCACAUCGCCCCAAGCUGGUCCCUUAUUAACUCACCACAGCCUUGCCCAGGAAUUCCAGGGUCCAUCUAGCCAGAGUCUUCAAGCCCAUUCCCAUCAGUCCCAGUUUUCACUGCUCCAAAGGAGACCUGGUGGCUCCUCUACGCUGGAGGAGGCGGGCCAGGUUCUCCGUCAGGCUCGGAGACGGAAGAAAGUUCUGGAGAACAACCUGGACGCUCUGCUGAAGGCCAAGAACGGAGAAAUCCUACACUGCCAACUGGAAGCCUUGGCUGCUAACAGAGACCUAACUGAAGAGGUGCGGAUAAAGAAGACAGUGGAUGCCUGGAUCAACGCUUUGACCAGAGACGUCCAGACUCAGGGUCAUCCUCCCCCUCCUCCCGGUGCCAUGCCUCCUCUAGAUGCCAGUCAUUGCAGAGCAACAAAUGCAACAAAGCCACAGCAGAGGGCUGCAGGCAGGGGCAAGCCAGUGAGCAUGCCCAGAGGAACGAGUAAUCAGCCAGUGAUGGGAAGAGGAGGCAGAGGCCAGACUGCUGGACACAGAAUGGAGGCAGAGCCUGCUGGAGUCUCAGGUAACCUGAUGGGCAGCCAGCAAAACGACAUGGAUGGAGAGCUUUAUCUGACUCGUCUGUACGGCAGACUCCCUCACGAAGGUCUCAGGCGAACCCUGAAGAAGAGCCCAUACCCUCGUUUUAGCUCUCCUGUGUCUCCUCUCGGCAAGAAACAGCACCCUCGACUGGUGGAAAGCAUCAGAGGUGUAAGGCUGAAGUCCUGUAAGACUCAGACCAGUUUCGCUCCAGUCCUCAGUUUGUCAGCGGGACAAGCUUCCCAACACUCCCACUUAUCCUUACACCACUCUGCUCGACCUGUGGUGAACAGUGCAGAGCGCUCCACUGCUGCCAGGGCAAUCCCACUGCGUCUUCCCAGGUGUGAGCGUGUUCAGGACAGAGCAUCAGUACUUCCUGUUCCUCUGUCAGGGAGCAAGGCCAACGUGAACGAUGGAGCCAACAACCACCAGAAGCAGCAGGUGGUUCCAGAAAAGCCUCCAUCUUCUCCAUCACGCGUCACUGAGAUCAAAGCAGCAGAGCCUCUAAAAGAUGACGAGGAUGAAGAAAACAGCUUCCCUGGAAAUAACUUUCUCUCUGUCACUGAUGUCCACCAGAAGCAGCAGGUGGUUCCAGAAAAGCCUCCAUCUUCUCCAUCACGCGUCAUUGAGAUCAAAGCAGCAGAGCCUCUAAAAGAUGACGAGGAUGAAGAAAACAGCUUCCCGGGAAAUAACUUUCUCUCUGUCACUGAUGUCCACCAGGAGGAGAACAGUGAUGUGGGCGAGGAGGUGGUGGUCCUGGAGGGAGGCCCCCCCCCGGCUCCAGUGUGGUACCACAGCCCGGCCUUCCCGCCUGAAGCCCCCUCCUCUCGCCGUGCUGAGAUUGUGACCCCUGUUGCGGGCCGUGGCCGGACGCAGGAUAUCCUGGAGAACCGGCUGGUGGAGUGGGUGGAGCAGCAGCUGAUGUCCAGGAUGAUAGCUGAUAUGUAUCGCCCUGCCCCACCUGACCCUGCCCAGAAUGACUCCACUGACCAAUCAGAGCUUGAGGAGCAGAGUUUUACCUCAGAUAUUGUGGAAGCAGCAGGAGGUGGAGGUCUGCAGCUCUUUGUAGACGCCAACGUCUCGGUGGAUUCGGCCUUGAUCAGGCAGCUGGUGAACGAGGUUCUGACUGAAACCGUGGCCCAGAUGCUGUCCCAGACCAGUGCAGUGGCUACAGCUCCAGAACCACGACCGGAAGCACCAGAGUCAGAAGAUAAGGAGGACAAAGUGGCUCCACUGGUCCCGACACCAGUCCCAUCACCUCCACCCAGCAGGCCCCAGCUCAGCAGAGACUCCACCCCAGCAGCCACUCCUCUUCCAUCUAAACCAUCCAGCCCAGUUCCUCAGGACUCUCCUCAGCCAGUCACAGCUCCAGAGCCUGUAGCUACGCCGGCUGCCACACCAGAACCCCGACUGCCCGACAUAAGCUCCUCUGCUGCUCAUCAAGCCCCGCCCCCAGCCUCACAGGGGAACCCACAACUUUCACUGGACGAGCUGGAAGAGCUGGAGUCACAGGAACACCCUCUGCCACUGUCUGUAGCAGAGGAGGAGCCGGCGGUCAGCAGCCCCGCUCCUGUUCAGUCCCAGCCUCCUCGGGCAGAACCCAGUCCUGCUCCUCCUCCCAGUCAUCUGGAAACCAGUAGCUCCAGCAGCAGCAGUUCCAGCAGCAGCAGCAGCGCUGUAACUGCAGAGACCGAAGCUGCACUCAAACACAUCUCAGAGGGAGAGUUACUCAUCAGCGUCAACCAGCUGGCCCCUCUGACAGAAGAGGAGGAAGUCUGUAGCUUCUCCAGCUCGCUGCAUGAGGUGGAAGACAUGGCCUUUGACUCGUCCACUGUAGAACCGGUUGGAGGUCGUAGCAUUCUGCUGAGUCUGUUGACCAAGAUGGAUCAGGGAGUCACUCACAGAGGACAGAGGCCACAGCCUGAGGGCUCCUGGGGGAGGGAGGAGAUGGAGGACGAGGUGAGUGUGGGGGAGGUGAGAGACUGCGGGCCGCCAAAAUCUCAGAACCAGACCAGAGACCCGACGGGACUGGAUCAGAGCUCAGCCUGCGGACAGAUCAGCCAGCCUGCAGUCUCUGGUUUCCAUGGAAGCAUGUCUGAUCUCACACCUACCAGCUCAGCGCUUCUGCCAUUUUCUACCAGCAUUAUUCUUUAGGCAGUCAGUCAGCUUGAUGUGUUUGUGUGGGGGGGGGGUGUAUGUGUUUCUUUGCAGAAGCUUGUAUAGGUUACUGUAUCCCUGUAUGUUUGUAUUUUAUGAUGAUAAUCACAGAGUCCUGUUGCAUAGCAACAGUUUCUGCUGGACUAAAUACUAAAACCUAUAAGAACCAGGUAAAAGACAGAUAGUUUUUCCUUUGGCCUUUUAACAUGUUCUUCAUAAAAUUGAGUCCAACUACUGCAGGGCUUUACUGUUGCUAUGUUGCCAUGGAGACUCUGAGAGUAAGCAGAAGAAGACUCAAACAAACGAAUGAAUAGAUUUUUCCUUUAUUGAGCUGCUGUCUGUGAACUCCGCAGUGUCGUCUCUCCAGCGUUUGGUCCAGCUCUGCCAUCAGGUGUCGUUUUUAAAGACGUGGAUGUUACCUGUGCAGAUGUGUGUGUUUCUGCCCCUGUGGCUGUGCAGGCCGGCGCUGAAGCACACUGAGCCCUGUGUUCCAGAGGCCUUAGCUUUACUCUCUGCACACUCUAUCCAUUCACUGCCCAACUCGGUUUCCGUUCUACUUAUGGAGCCUGUGAAAGGGCCCGUCUUCAUUUCCCCGGUUCCCGCUGCUGCUGCCAGCCCAGAACACGCGUUCCCUCCCUCCACACACUCAGAGCCCACCCAGCUCGGCCUUCAGAGUCCUGAUCCCGUACAGCAGUUUGUUAACAGCUUCCUGGUAAAGUCUUCUCCAAAAUUCCCUGGCAGGAUUGUUUUAAUUCAGCAAGCAUGGACUUUCUAACAUGUUCGGCCUGUUUGAAGUCCUUUCACAGAUUUGAGUCCAGACUUUAAAGCUGUAGUAUAUAACUUUUAUAUAUGUAAAACAUAGCACAUUUCAGCAACAAGGCAGUUAAAAAAAACAUCAUAAACAUGUCAUACAAUCAACAGUUGAGAAAAGCUGUAACAGACAUUACAUUUUGUCAAGUGCCAUCAUUGAAAUCAUCAGUGCACAUCAAAUGUGUUGGUUAAUAUUCCAUUUAUUAUGGUUGAAAAGCAGCUCUAACCAGGGGGGGUUUUAACCUGGUCUUAAAAGCACUCAGUGUUUCAGCUAUUUUUCAGUUUUCUGGAAAUUUGUUCUGCUGCUUUUCCAUGUUUGGUUCUACUUCUGGAUGGAGACCAGAACCAGAAGAUCUGAGAGGUUCUGGAAGGUUGAUGCAACAACAGCAGAUCUUUAAGCCGUUCAGUGAAAAUCUAACUGAUGUUAGUUUUAUAACAUCAGUUUACAGUCUAUUCUCUCAGUGAAGGACUUUAGAACUGUACUAAUAUGCUCGAUCUUCCUGGUUUCAGUCAGAACACCAGCAGCAGCUUUCUGGAUCAGCUGCAGCUGGAAGAUUGAUCUGUUAGGUUAAUGUGUGAAGACACUGUUGCAGUAAUCGAUGCGACUAAAGAUAAACACGUGGAUGAGUUUCUCUGGAUCUUGC